CUUUCCGACGUUUCUCGGGCAAAAUGGCACCCACCAAGAAGGGAGGUGAGAAGAAGAAGGGGCGCUCUGCUAUCAAUGAGGUGGUGACCAGGGAAUACACCAUCAACAUCCACAAGCGCAUCCAUGGCACAGGAUUCAAGAGGAGGGCCCCCCGUGCCAUUAAGGAGAUCCGCAAGUUCGCCAUGAAGGAGAUGGGAACCCCUGAUGUUCGCAUUGACACUCGCCUGAACAAAGCUGUCUGGACCAAGGGUGUAAGGAAUGUGCCAUAUCGCAUCCGCGUGCGUCUGUCCAGGAAGCGUAAUGAGGAUGAGGAUUCUCCGAACAAACUGUACACCCUUGUUACCUAUGUUCCUGUCACAACGUGCAAAGGUCUGCAGACGGUCAAUGUGGACGAGAACUAGAUCUCCUGUUUUGCAAAUAAUUUUUUAAAUUAUGAUUCCAGUCUUGAUCUCUUUUAAGUGACAUCUUCAGACUGAAGGUGUCACUUAGCUGAGUGAUGAAACGUAUCUGUCAAUAAACGUAACCAGAUGAACUGAUUCAACCAUC